UUAAGCUUGCGCAUGCGCAGUGAGUUGACAGGCGGACAUUUUGGAUUUUGUGAUUUCAGAGAAAAGAAAAACGUGGUGAAAGAUGUCGAGCCGAUACGACCGCGCCAUUACCGUUUUCUCUCCGGACGGACACUUAUUCCAGGUGGAAUAUGCACAGGAGGCCGUGAAGAAGGGAUCCACGGCGGUUGGAGUCCGCGGGAAGGAUAUCGUAGUCCUGGGGGUGGAGAAGAAAGCCAUCGCCAAGCUGCAAGACGAGAGAACCGUCCGUAAGAUCUGCCUACUGGAUGACCAUGUGGCCAUGGCAUUUGCAGGACUGACAGCUGAUGCGAGGAUCCUGAUCAACCGUGCCCGUGUGGAGUGUCAGAGCCACAGACUGACUGUGGAGGACCCCGUAACACUGGAGUACAUCACACGUUACAUCGCCACUCUCAAACAGCGUUACACCCAGAGUAACGGGAGGAGGCCGUUUGGCAUCUCGUGUCUGAUAGUUGGGUUUGACUUCGACGGCACGCCCCACCUGUACCAGACAGACCCAUCAGGAACCCAUCACGAGUGGAAGGCCAAUGCCACCGGCCGCAGUGCAAAGACAGUGCGAGAGUACCUAGAGAAACAUUACACCAACGAACUGGCCGAUUCUGACACAGAGUGUAUCAAACUAGCGCUUAAAGCUCUGCUGGAGGUUGUACAAUCAGGAUCUAAGAACGUGGAGCUUGCUGUUAUGAGGAGAGAUGAACCCUUGAAGAUGCUAAGUGUGGAGGAGAUAGAGAAGAUGAUGGCUGAGGUGGAGAAGGAGAAAGAGGAGGAAGCCGAGAAGAAAAAGAAGACCAAGACGUCAUCUUAAGACAACAAUUCUCUCUAGAUACCUUUUUGUAUAUAUAGUUAUGUUUGGAAGGUCUUCAUAGCCUUGCCUCAAAAGCUCCAGUAGCAUGACAUGUUUGUCAAAGCUUUUUUCCUACAUUUUAAAGGCCAUGUUGAUUUGAUUAUAUGGAUGACAUCCUCUGGGAACUCAAAAACUGAUACGAGCAUAAAAA